AUGUCGACGUCUAAAGUUGUUUCGGAUGAAGAUGAAGCCAAUUGCACUGAUACUGUUGACGAUUGUGACACAUAUAAUUACUACCGGCUAUGUAAUACUUCGUCAGACAGACCGUUUGCAAUGGUCUCCUGUCGUAAACAUUGCGGUCUAUGCAAAGAAUGUGCCAUUCCAUUUUCACGACCACAAAAUGCUAAAAUGACAUUAUCAUUGGAAGGGAAUCAGUUUAAGUUGAGUUACAAUUGUAAUGAUGGAUAUUCUUUGAUCAAUGGAAGCCUUACAAGGACAUGUAACAACAGCACGUGGUCAGGUUCGAUACCAAAUUGUUUACCAGACUGUAAAGACAUUAACUUAGUUCCUAUAAAUAACACAAAGGAAAAGACGGCAGACGGUAACAGAUAUGGAUCCAAAGCAACAGUCACUUGCAAAGAGGGCUACGUGGUAUCUCAAAAUUACAAUCAGACUGCUUUCAACAUGUCUUGUUCAUCCGACGGAGUGUGGCAAAAUAAACUUGACUGCGUUCCAGUUGAUUGUGCAAAUGUGACACAAUUAAAAGCCCAUUAUAUACAAUCAAUUGCAUAUUUACCAAAUACAAAAUUUAUGUCAAUCGCGACUGCCACUUGUGAAGUUGGACAUGUUGUUCCUGGAGGAAAUAACAGACAGAAUCAAUUUAAUACGACUUGUGCAUCUGACGGGUCUUGGAAAAAUGUAACAAGCUGUGUGAGAAUAGAUUGCGGGAAAAUAAUCUUGUCAAACAUUCCAAAUGCAAAAGAGAUAUAUUUUCAAAAUGAUACGAAAUACGAAUCAUCAGCUAAUAUAUCUUGUGACGAGGGAUUCACUGUUGCAAAUCAGACUCAGACAAAAGAUAUAUCAUCCACUGUUGUAAAAUGUAAAGAGAAUGGAAAAUGGGAGAAACUCCCUACAUGUCUUAAAAAAGAUUGUGGAGACAUACACAUUUUAAGCAUAGAAAAUGCAGCAGUCAGGCGAAAUGUAAAUGGAAAUAAGUUCGGAGCUGUAGCGCAGAUUGAUUGUGAUGUAGGAUACUACCACCGUAAUCAGACAAAGGAAAUUUCAACAACAAAAAUUACAUGUUCUGAAACGGGUGAAUGGACAGACAUACCAACCUGCAGACGCAAAGACUGUAAGAACAUUGCAAAUCUGGGUCUAAAUUACAUAAAUUUACCUGCACGUCUAGACAAAGACACAAUGUACAACUCUACCGCAGAUGUUGAUUGUAAAGAAGGUUAUUAUAACAAGAAGCAAAAUCAAACCACUGGGAUUUCAACAACAACAAUGUUUUGCUCCGAUAAAGGGACUUGGAUAAACAUGCCUACUUGUAAACUUAAAGAUUGUGGACCUUUGGAAGAUUUGACCAUAUCGAAUGCUGGCCUUAGAUUACUAUUUUCUGGAUCUAAUUACGGAUCGAUAGCCGCUAUUACAUGCGAUAAAGGAUAUUAUGAUUUAAAUAAAUACAAUCAACCAGAAGGCACUUCAACGACAAUGAUAACUUGUUCUGUAAAUGGAAUCUGGACUGGUUUACCAAUCUGCGCAGGGAAAGAUUGUGGUGACGUUAACGCGUUAUAUAUAGAUCAUGCAGCAAACAGACGCCAGAAUAAUGGUACCAAGUACACAUCAACGGCAGACAUAGAUUGUAAUGAAGGCUAUUAUAUCAAGGGUCAACCUCAGUGGAUUGGAAUAUCAACAAGAACAAUAACAUGUUCUGGUACGGGAAUGUGGACGGACGUACCGAUCUGCAUUCCUAAAGAUUGUGGGAGAUUGGACCAACUAAAUUUAUCAAACGCGAAAGAUAGAAGCCUUAUCAACGGAACCACAAUUUAUACGUCGCUGGCGAAUAUAAGUUGUGAUGACGGAUAUAAGGAGUUAAUAAGUAGCCAGGUACUAGGAAUAACAAGCACAGUGGUUAGAUGUAACGAAAACGGAACGUGGGAAAAUCUACCGAAAUGUGUCAGAAAAGAUUGUGGAGACGUUCAGAAUGUCAGGAUUGAACAUGCAGCUAAUAGGACUCUUUUGAAUAAGAAUACUAAAUACAACGAUACGGCAGAAGUCACGUGCGAUUUAGGUUACUACGUUACUGAUCAAUACCAAACAACUGGUGUAUCUAAACGUACACUACUAUGCUCCUACACGGGACAAUGGACAAACAUUCCCAAAUGCAUUCCAAAAG